AUGAUUAGCAACACGAAGAUUGUAUUUACCAAACUGUUACUUUGCGUGCUCAUAGCGAGCGUCUGCGGUCGGUCAUGGGCUAAUCAUCAUGACACCACGACGUCUACAACCCAAACUACACCCACAACUAGUCCCGUACCAAAGAAUUUCCAUAAUGAUCCACUUAUCGUCGAAACCAAGAGCGGUCUUGUCAAAGGUUACGCUAAAACGGUUAUGGGCCGUGAAGUGCACAUCUUUACCGGUAUUCCUUUCGCUAAGGCUCCAUUAGGACCUUUGAGGUUUCGUAAACCAGUUCCAAUUGAUCCAUGGCACGGAGUUCUAGAAGCCACGUCAAUGCCAAAUAGCUGUUAUCAAGAACGAUACGAAUAUUUUCCUGGUUUUGAAGGAGAGGAAAUGUGGAAUCCAAACACAAAUAUCUCAGAGGAUUGUUUGUAUCUAAAUAUUUGGGUGCCACAACACCUACGAGUUCGCCAUCAUCAAGAUAAGCCUCUUACUGAGAGGCCGAGAGUGCCAAUACUAGUGUGGAUAUACGGCGGAGGCUACAUGAGCGGCACAGCAACACUCGAUCUAUACAAAGCAGAUAUAAUGGCUUCAUCCAGUGACGUAAUAGUGGCCUCAAUGCAGUAUAGGGUGGGUAUACUUCAAUCUGGCACUUUGAACGCUCCCUGGAGUUGGAUGACUGGAGAGAGGGCACAGGACAUUGGAAAAGUUUUAGUAGAUGACUGCAACUGCAACAGUAGCCUAUUAGCCGCGGACCCAAGUUUAGUGAUGGAUUGUAUGAGAGGAGUAGAUGCCAAGACUAUUUCAGUACAACAAUGGAACUCAUACACUGGUAUAUUAGGAUUUCCAUCUGCACCGACAGUCGACGGUGUAUUUUUGCCUAAAGAUCCGGAAACAAUGAUGAGAGAAGGCAAUUUCCAUAACACCGAAGUGCUUCUGGGAAGUAAUCAAGAUGAAGGAACGUAUUUCUUGCUGUAUGAUUUCCUUGACUACUUCGAAAAGGAUGGACCGAGUUUUCUGCAGAGAGAAAAGUUCCUAGAAAUUGUUGAUACAAUAUUUAAGGAUUUCUCUAAAAUCAAGCGAGAAGCUAUCGUUUUCCAA